UGUCCAAAGCUCCAAAGAAAAGGACUCGUCCUUUGUCAUUAAAACUGAAAUUUUCCUCAUUUCAACCACAUGAUUUGUCAGCCCAAAACCCACGUAUAUUCAAUCCUCCAUUAUGAUGAAACCAAAAUUCUCCGGCUUUGUGGUCCAAAAUGUGACUAGCCAGAUAUCAAAUGGUUCUGGAAGAACUUGAAAAUGGCAGGCAUGAAAAUACAGGGGAGAGACGGGGGGCAAAAGGGUGACAGUAGAGAGGGUGGCGUGCUUUAGCGGCAGAGAAAAAGCUCCUUUUAAGAGUGACUCUGACUCUCAGCCACCCUGUGAAGCACAGUCCCCUACUUCCUAUACACAAACCUCAGUACACACUUCGCUUACUCAAGGAGCCCCUGUAUUUUCCUCCUCAUUUAUUGUUAUUAUUUUUUUCCUUGCUUUUGUUUGUUGGUUGCCUUUUGUUGUUUGGGUCUUUGGCCUUCUGCAAGAUUCAGGGCUAGGAGAGACAACUGUGCCAGACGCUCAGAGGAGGGUCGAAGGGGCAUUGAGAUUUGCGCCAAAAAAGAGAGAGGAAGAUCUUGAGCGGAUCAGGAUGAUUUAAAGUAAAGGCGGCGAGAAUUUAUGAGCUUUUUAGAGAGAGAGGUUCCAUUCUAGUUUCUCUCUCUGACGCCAAUUAAUCUCUCUCUUACUCUCUCUUUACUAGAGCUUUUAUUUUAUUUUUCUCUCUCUGUGACGCCAUUUUCUUCCUCUGUGUGUGUUCUGCAAGCCAUUUCUCCAUAGGGUUUUUUCGUGCUCGAAGUUUGUCUUUCGUUUUCUCUCUCUACAAGCGUCAUCUACGUCAUCAUAGAGCCUCGGAGUCAAUGGGUACAGCUCGAAUAUCGAGGCGGGGGUAUAAUGGGAGAGUCUGUCUCGGUCCGGUGUUUGUCAUGGUCUAGUGGACUGAGUGAAGUUUUUUAGGUAGAGGAAGUCGCGCAAGAACGCCAUUUCUGGACUCGGUUUUUGGUUUCUUCAUCUGGGGUUUUCUCAGAAUCCGCCAUUUUAGAGAGAGAAAGUUGGGGGGUUGGGUGUGGGCAGCUUCGCUGGAAACAGAGGGAUUGGUUUGGUGUGUUUGCGGAGUAGGUUUUCUUGUGAUUUGUGGCACUUCCGAGAGGUAUUUUUGGGUGAGCAAAAUGAAGUUUAUGAAAUUGGGCUCGAAGCCUGAUGCAUUUCAAGCGGAAGGGAAAGCUGUCAGAUACGUGUCAUCUGAAUUGGCAACGGAUGUCAUCAUAAAUGUUGGUGAAGUGAAGUUUUACCUUCACAAGUUCCCUCUCUUGUCCAAGAGCAACUGCCUGCAGAAACUUGUGUCGAAGGCCAGUGAGGAGAAUGAUGACGAAAUUCAUAUUGUUGAUUUUCCCGGUGGGCCAAAAGCCUUUGAAAUUUGUGCAAAGUUCUGCUAUGGAAUGACUGUUACUCUCAAUGCUUAUAAUGUUGUGGCUGCUCGUUGCGCAGCUGAGUUCCUCGAGAUGACUGAGGAUGUUGAUCGAGGAAACCUAAUAUUUAAAAUUGAGGUGUUUCUCAACUCAAGUAUCUUCCGCAGCUGGAAAGAUUCCAUUAUUGUUCUCCAAACCACUAAGUCUCUUCUUCCGUGGUCUGAGGAUCUGAAAAUUGUUGGAAGAUGCAUAGAUUCCAUUGCCUCUAAAACUUCUGUGGAUCCUAUGAACAUCACUUGGUCCUACACAUAUAACCGGAAAUUAGCAGGGCCUGAUAGGAUCAUUGAGGAUGGAGUGAAGUUCCCAGAGAAAAUGGAAUAUAUUCCAAAGGAUUGGUGGGUUGAAGACAUAUGUGAGCUGGAGAUUGAUCUUUACAAGCGAGUGAUGAUCACUGUCAAAUCAAAAGGAAGAAUGGAUGGUACUGUGAUUGGUGAGGCACUAAAAACUUAUGCAAUUAGAUGGUUGCCAGAUUCUGUCGACACAUUGGUUUCUGAUGCUCAUGCCUGGAGGAACAAAUCUUUGGUUGAAACAAUCGUUUGCUUAUUGCCAUCUGACAAAGGUUUGGGUUGUUCGUGUAGUUUCUUGCUAAAAUUGUUGAAAGUUGCAAUUUUAGUUGGAGCAGACGAGUCAUCAAGGAAAGAUUUGGUGAAUAAGAUCAGCCUGAAGCUGCCUGAAGCUUCUGUAAAAGACUUAUUGAUCCCAGCUCGGUCUCCCCAAAUUACCAUAUAUGAUGUUGAGUUGGUGCAAUGCAUUGUGAAUCGAUUUUUGAUGAAUGAAAAGCCUAAUAGGGAUAUGGAUGUUGAGAAGAAUGAGAAGGGGACUGAUAAUUUUGUCUCGGAACUUGGAUCCUUGUUGAAUGUUGUUGGUAAACUGAUUGAUGGAUAUCUUGCGGAAAUUGCACGUGAUCGAAACCUCACGCUCUCUAGCUUCUUUGACUUAUCACAGAUGAUUCCAGAGUUGGCGAGACCAAUUCAUGAUGGAUUAUACAAGGCUAUUGACAACUACCUGAAGGAGCAUCCUAGUUUAACAAAAGCUGAAAGGAAGAAGUUAUGUGGACUUAUUGAUGUCAAGAAACUGUCUAUGGAUGCAUCCAUGCAUGCUGCACAGAAUGAGCGCCUCCCACUUCGGGUUGUUGUCCAAGUUCUCUUUUUUGAGCAGGUUAGAGCAUCUGCUAGUGUUCGGUCCCUUAACAACAAUUCUGGCGACGCUUCACGUUCGACGACUAAUACAGAUGAAGAAGGUGAGAUGACAGCAGCUGAAAACUGCAGAACCCUCAAGAAGCAGAUGAGUCAAAUGAGGAUAAAAGGAGAUGAGUUUCGGAAGAAAUUGGCUAAGAAGAACAGUAAAAACAGCCGAAGUGGCAUACAGUUGCUGCCAUCCCGGUCCAAGCGAAUAUUCGAUAAACUGUGGGCUGUGGGUAAAGGACACGGAGACAACCGAAGCUCCGAGACAUCCGGGAGUUCUCAAAGCCCGACUUCAUUGGUUCCUGGAGACACCAAAUCCUCUGCUUCAGCUUCAAGACACAGGAGGCAUUCCAUCUCCUAGAAAUGAAUUUGGGAUUCAUUCAGAUCAAAACAAGUGAAGAAGAUUCAAUCUGCCUUUUAAGUGUAAAAAGUGGUAGGUUUUUGUUAUAGCAUAUGAUGGGUUCUGAUUGUUUAGCUGCAAAAUAUUCUGAAAGGGGUGUACUGCAGAAAAGAAAAGAAAAGAAAAAGUAAUGAGCCUUUUUGGUUCUUCCUAACAUAUGUUGGCUCCAAAUUGUAAGAUAUUUCUUUUCUAUAAAAGUCCAUGUAGGUCAAUGAUGUUAUUGAUGUAGGGCUCUUUAUUCUUUAUUGAUGCUUGAUGGUUUCCUUGUACAGGAUCUUGAUUCCUUACAUUAAAGGUGACAAUUCUUGAAAA